CCGGUUCAGCAGGUGUACGUGAACGCACCACACGGAUGUGCGUGAGUCACGUAUUGCGGAAGUAAACAAUCCGCAGCUGACGUGGAGCAGUAGAGAAACUGGAGCAACGAGACCUGAUUCGACAUUUUCGAGAAACAUUUUUGUUGUUUCAGUCUCUGUCUCGUGUUGUUACAAGUUAAACUAGCUCUGUCGGUGUCGUCUAGACUCCCAGAAUAACUGACGGUCCGUGUUAGAAGCUUCUCUCUGCGGUAAAAUGGCGGCAGCGGGGGAGGCCAGCAGGCCGUUCGCCGGGCUGUCCGACGUCUCCAUCUCGGAUGACAUCCCGGUGGAAGGGGACAUCUCCGUGCCCAUCAGCUCCUCCAGAAAGGACGACGAGUUCUCCACGCUGGACGAGCCGGUGAAGGAGACCAUCCUGCGAGACCUGCGGGCGGUGGGGAACAAGUUCGUCCACGUCCUGUACCCGAAGCGGAGCUCGGCUCUGCUGCGGGACUGGGACCUGUGGGGCCCGCUGCUGCUCUGCGUGACGCUGGCUCUGCUGCUGCAGGGCGGCGCGGCGGACAGCGACGACCAGGGAGGACCGCAGUUCGCCGAGGUCUUUGUCAUCGUCUGGUUCGGCUCCAUCAUCAUCACCCUCAACUCCAAGCUGCUGGGCGGCACAAUCUCCUUCUUCCAGAGCCUUUGUGUGUUGGGAUACUGCAUCAUGCCCCUGACGGUGGCCAUGGCCGUGUGCCGGAUCGUCUUGAUCGGCGGCUCGGGGAAGGUCAGCUUCGCCGUGCGGCUGGUGGUGGUGACGGCGUCCUUUGGCUGGUCCACCUUCGCCUCCACGGCCUUCCUCGCCGACAGCCAGCCUCCCAACCGCAAGGCGCUGGUGGUGUACCCGGUGUUCCUCUUCUACUUCGUGAUCGGGUGGAUGAUCCUGACGUUCUCGCCAUCGCAGUAGAGGAGAGACGAAAGGCCUGGAUUUGAGUUGAACUGAAAAAGAUGAGGGAGGUUUUUAUAGAGCGACAGAACUCAAACAAACACCAGAAUCUGCCUUUGAACGACUACUGAAGUGACUGUGAGUGUUUCUGAGCUUCUGAAACAGCAUUUAGACUCAUCGGACACCAAAAUAAGUCCUUAGGGAGCAGCAGCGGCUCAUGCUCAGAUUCAGAGAAGUCGAGUCGACAGCGUGCUGCAGAGGGAGCGAGAAGAAGCUGAUGAAUAUGUUGGUAUUUUUCCAGUUUGUCUCCCCAGAUGUGUUUACGAGCUGCGUAAAGUUAAGUCCAUAAGCUUGUGUAUAGAAAUGCUCUGUGAAUGUUUGAGCUGCCAGGGCUACGAUUGUUAUUCUUUUCUUCCUGGUCACUCUGGGUGUUUGAAACCUCAUAUUGUCUUAAAGAUCGGUGCAAAAACAUACUGAAAUUGACACACUACAGUCAGCAUUUAACCGAUGCUUUUACGCAGCUUGACCAAGAACCUCAACUGUCGCCUGUAGUUUUGGGCUCUAAUCGUUCCCUUUUCUGCUUCUUGGGGUUAGGGUUAGGACUUUUGUUUUCAUUAGACAGACAGAUGACGGGUAACGUGAUGAGAGAGAGAGGGAAAUGGUCCUCAGCCGGAUUCAAACCGGGAACGUCUCGGUUCGCGGUCAACUCCUUGUCGAACCGGUAAAUUUAGAGAGAGAGAGGGUGAGCGAGCUCUCUGAUUGGUUGUCACCCAUUUAGAAGAAUCAUUUGACAUUUUGGGAAAUACGCUUUUUCGCUGCCAUGAGUGAAAUGAGGAGGCUGAUACCAGGGCUGCAGGGAAAGAUUUUUUUCCUCAGUCGUUUCAUCAUUUAGUGCAUCAUAUGUCAAAAAAUAAUUAAAAAAUAAUUAUAUCCCACGAACCAA